AGCAUUUAACAUUUUUAUUGAUUAAAAAAUUACAUUGGUCUUUUGUUUCAGACUUUCAGCUAAAUCGUAAAGGACAGUAUAAAAUAAUAUUUUUUAAAAAAUGUUAGCAACUUUAGUAGUUCCCGCUGUUACACACCAUUGUUCACCAUUAAAGUCGGCGACUUUUAGUAGAACCAGUUAAGCCCAGAUGGUAGGAGUUGGAUUAAUCAGUCUCGAUCGAGAUUUGAGGUCUGGAGAUAUUUACACGAAGCUGCUCUGUUUUUACCAGAAGAGAAAAGUAGUUUGAGAGAAUAGCAUACGUAUAAAAGAUGGUACAGGCUUACGCAAGAGAUGACGGAUCCCACCAUGGAGCUAUAACGCCAACAACUCCUUUGUCAAUAGGCCAAACUCUCAGCUCCUCUAGUGAGAUUUAUGAGUUGGGGUUCUUCAGUCCUAAUAACACCCAGGAUCAAUAUGUUGGAAUCUGGUUCAAGGAUAGCGUUCCACGGAUCGUUGUGUGGGUGGCCAAUCGAGAAAAGCCCGUUACAGACUCCACGGCAAAUCUAGCUAUCAGCAGCAACGGAAGUCUUCUCUUAUUUGAUGGCAAACAUGGCAUUGUGUGGUCCAGUGGAGUAACUUCUACCUCUAGUGGGUAUAGUGCAGAGCUUUUAGACAGUGGGAAUCUUAUUGUCAUCAAUAAUGUUUCCACAAGAACUCUAUGGCAAAGCUUUGAGCAUCUUGGUGAUACUAUGCUACAUACCUCAUUCCUGAUGUAUAACCUCGCCACCGGUGAGGAGCGGGUGUUGACUUCUUGGAAAAGUAAUACUGAUCCAUCACCAGGUGACUUUACGGUUCAGAUUACAUCGCAAGUGCCAUCACAGGUGUGUACUAUGAGAGGCUCGGCACUUUAUUGGAGAAGCGGUCCAUGGGCUAAAACAAAGUUCACUGGCCUACCUCUAAUGGAUGAAUCAUACACAAGUCCAUUCAGCUUACACCAGGAUGUAAACGGGUCAGGAACCUUGUCGUAUUUUCAAAGAGACUACCAACUUUCACGUAUAAUUUUGACAUCAGAGGGAUCAACGAAGAUGUUUCGUCAUAAUGGAGUGAACUGGGAGCUUUUCUAUAUGACUCCAUCCCAUUCAUGCGACUUUUACGGUGUAUGUGGACCAUUUGGGUUGUGUGUUAUGUCAGUUCCUCCGAAGUGUGAAUGCUUCAAAGGGUUUGUACCAAAAUCCAUUGAAGAGUGGAAAAGAGGAAACUGGACUGAUGGUUGUGUAAGGCGUACAGAACUAUACUGUCAAGGAAAUUCUACCAGCAAAGUUGGAAACGUCUUCCAUCAAGUUGCCAACAUGAAGCCUCCCGAUUUUUACGAAUUUGUAAUCUCAGUGGAUGCAGAAGAAUGCUACCAAAGUUGCCUCCACAAUUGUUCUUGCUUGGCCUUUGCUUAUGUUCAUGGAAUAGGUUGCUUAGUGUGGAACCAGAACCUAAUGGACGCAGUGAAAUUUUCUAUGGGAGGAGAGCUUCUUUUCGUUCGUCUUGCACGCUCGGAGCUAGAUGGUAAUAAGCGCAAGAAGACCAUUGUUGCUACUUCAGUGAGCCUUACCCUUUUUCUGAUUUUGGGUUUCGCUGCAUUUGGUUUCUGGAGAUGCAGAGUGGAACAUAACGGCAUUGCACGUGGACUUCUCUAUCUCCACCAUGACUCACGCCUCAGGGUUAUUCAUAGAGAUCUCAAGGUCAGCAAUAUUCUUCUUGAUGAGAAAAUGAACCCAAAAAUAUCAGAUUUUGGAUUAGCUCGGAUGUACCAGGGAACCCAAUAUCAGGACAAGACGCGAAGGGCUUGGGAAUCUUGGUGUGAAAAUGGAGGAAUUGAUCUUUUAGACCAAGAUCUUGGUGAUUCAUGUCGCCCAUUACAAGUUGGGAGAUGUGUUCAGAUUGGUCUGCUUUGUGUUCAACACCAACCCGCAGACAGACCCAACACACUCGAGUUGCUGUCUAUGCUCACCACUACAUCAGAUCUUCCUCCACCAAAACAGCCGACAUUUGCACUGCACAAUAGAGAUGACGAAACCCAUUUUAGAAAUUUGAUAACUGGAGAUUUUAGGUCCGGAGAUAUUUACUCGGCUUACGCAAGAGAUGACGGAUCCCAAAUCUUGGAAGAUCAGCUCCGUGGUCAACAUUGUUUAGAGAAUAACUGUCUUAAGUAUUUGAGUGUGUUUUUCUUGGCGUACUUUCUCUUUGCAUACAUGCUCGUUUCUUACACUAAUCUGAAGGAGAUCGUUCUUGGAGAUACAAGAACACAGAUGGGGAUGAAGAGGUAUGCUUGUUUGCUCUUGUUUACCAUGCUCUUGCGUAUUAGCCACGCAGCUAUAACUACAACAAGUCCUUUGUCAAUAGGAAAAACUCUCAGCUCCUCUAAUGAGAUUUACGAGUUAGGGUUCUUCAGUCCUAAUAAUUCCCAGAAUCAGUAUGUUGGAAUCUGGUUCAAGGGUAUCAAUCCUCGGGUGGUUGUGUGGGUGGCCAAUAGAGAAAACCCUGUUACAGACUCCAUGGCAAAUCUAACUAUCAGCAGCAAUGGAAGUCUUCUCUUAUUGGAUGGAAAAUCUGGUCUUGUGUGGUCCAGUGGAGACACUUCUGCAUCUAACGGGUCUCGUGCAGAGCUUUCAGACACCGGAAAUUUUAUUGUCACCGACAUUUUUUUGGGAAAAACUCUAUGGCAAAGCUUUGAGCACCUCGCUGACACAAUGCUCCCUUUCUCAAGCCUGAUGCAUAAUCUCACCACCGGUGAGAAGCGUGUGUUGGUUUCUUGGAAAAGUUACACUGAUCCAUCACCUGGUGACUUUGUAGUUCAGAUUACACCGCAACUGCCAUCACAGGUGUUUACUAUGAGAGGCUCGGAGCCUUAUGGGAGAAGCGGUCCAUGGGCUAAAACAAGGUUCACCGGGAUACCGCAGAUGGAUGCAACAUAUACAAGUCCUUUCAGCGUUCAGCAAGAUGCAAACGGGUCAGCAUCAUUCACUUAUUUACACAGAAACUUUAAACUUCCACGUAUAAUGAUAUCACCAGAGGGAACACUGAAGAUCUUUCAGCACAGUGGGACCGGCUGGAAAUUAGACUAUGAGGCUCCAUUAGCCAAUUCAUGCGAUGUUUACGGUGUAUGUGGACCUUUUGGGUUGUGUGUUGUGUCAGCAUCUCCAAAGUGUAAAUGCUUCAAAGGGUUCGUACCUAAAUCCAUUAAGGAAUGGAAAAGAGGUAACUGGAGUGAUGGUUGUGUGAGACGUACCGAACUGCAUUGUCAAGGAAACUCUACUGGCAAAGAUGUAAACAUCUUCCAUCCUUUUGCCAACAUAAAGCCUCCAGACUUCUACGAAUUCGCAAGAUCUGUGAAUGCUGAAGAAUGCUACCAACUGUGCCUCCACAACUGUUCUUGCUUGGCCUUUGCUUUUAUUAAUGGAAUAGGGUGCUUGGUUUGGAACCAGGAGCUAAUAGACGUAGUGCAAUUCUCUGCGGGAGGAGAGCUUCUCUCCAUUCGUCUUGCACGCUCUGAACUUGGUGGAAAUGAGCGCAACAAGACCAUUGCUGCCACUAUUGUGAGUCUUGUUCUUUUUGUGAUUUUGGGUUCUGCUGCAGUUGCUUUCUGGAGAUACAGACUGAAACAUGACGGAAAAAGGCUCGAGAUUGAUUGGCCAAAGAGAUUUGAUAUCAUUCAAGGCAUUGCACGUGGACUUCUCUAUCUCCACCAUGACUCACGCUUAAGGGUUAUUCAUAGAGAUCUCAAGGUCAGCAAUAUUCUUCUUGAUGAGAAAAUGAACCCAAAAAUAUCAGAUUUUGGAUUAGCUCGGAUGUAUCAGGGAACCCAAUAUCAGGACAAGACUCGAAGGGCGUGGGAAUCUUGGUCUGAAAAUGGAGGAAUUGAUCUUUUAGACCAAGAUCUUGCUGAUUCAUGUCGCCCAUUACAAGUUGGGAGAUGUGUUCAGAUCGGUUUGCUUUGUGUUCAACACCAACCCGCAGACAGACCCAACACACUCGAGUUGCUGUCUAUGCUCACCACAACAUCAGAUCUUCCACCACCAAAACAGCCCAUAUUUGCAUUGCACACUAGAGAUGACGAAAGCCAUUUUAGAGAUUUGAUAACUGUAAAUGAGAUUACACAUUCUGUGAUCCUUGGCCGUUAAAAAAAGGGAUCCUUGAUUGAAAUUGUAGAUUUUCAUUAACUGCUCUUCAUUUCCAUUAUACAUUUUGGGACAGAGGUCCUUAAAUUAGUGUUUCAGCGUUCAGCAAGAUGCAAACGGAUCAGGAAUCAGGAUCCUUCACUUAUAUACAUAGAAACUUCGAGACCACUGUCUCUAAAGAUUUUGUUGUGUCUUUCUCAAACUUAAAGUUAAAAGUUUGUAUUUACAAACUUUACAAGAUAACCAAGUGAAUAAUAUAACUAACAAAGAUUAGAA